GGAAAAAUAUAAAUCACAGAUAUUAAAAUAGUAUGCAUUAUAAUGUUCAUUGCUUAUUCAUUACUAUUGAUACAUUGUGUCUUUCUUUCCAAACAAAAAUGUUCUGUGUCAGAUGAUACAAUACUUUUUACAUGUAUUAAUCACUACAGUAUUUUGAACUAAGAGCCUGACAGAGUUGAUUGAUUUAUGGAGUUACAGACAACGUAAUAACAGCUGAACGAUAUUCAUAUAGACAAAUGGGGACACAGGAGCCCCCCUCCAUGGAUCUUCCCUCCUACAACAGCCACAAUGAGAUGGGCAAGUCAACCAAUGAGAAGUUCCUUCCCAGAGCAGAGGUGGUCAGGUCCAAACUCAUCCAGAGCUUCUACCUGCUGGACCAGUUACAGGAGGAGCAGAGAGGAAGCCCCAAAUACUGCACCAAUGAUGUUUUAGAAGAGGAGAACUACACCAGUCUGAUGGGGAAGGACACACACCAGCUGGUGCGUUUCGAGAUCUCCCCCCAGAGGGGCAGCACCAUCACCAUGGACCUCCGUCGCCAGGGACGACUGGAGAACCUCCAUGCCAACUAUCCGCCCUUGAACAUGUUUGCCCACUGGAUUCUAGAGAGUAAAAUAUUUAUGAAUAUCAUUGUCAUCCUCAUCAUUCUGAACACCAUUGUCUUGGAGAUACAAGCAGAGGUGUUUGACAACAUGGACCCCAAGCUGGAGAUUGUGAAACUGGUUCUGGAAAUGUUGGACUGGAGCAUCCUGGCCAUCUUCUUCCUGGAGAUCUUAUUGAAGUGGUUGGACAACUUCUGGAAUUUCUGGAAAAGCACCUGGAACAUCUUUGAUUUUGCUGUCACCAUGCUGUCUGUUAUACCAGAGAUCGUGAAGGUCUUCAAAGGGGUGGACACUGACGACCUGGAGAUUGUGGCACUCCUAAAGAAGUUCCGUAUCCUCCGCUCCCUGAAAAUUAUCUCCAAAUUCAGGCAGAUCCGCCUUAUCGUGUUGGCCAUCUCCAAAGCGUUCAAGGCUAUGACCUUCAUAUUCUUACUGCUGCUGGUGUUUGCUUAUAUCUUCGCUGUGGUUGGAGUCAUCCUGUUCGAGAGUUACACUCGCUCCAACAUCGAGGGCCUGGUCUACAAUAUGAACUUUAAAGAUAUCUACAACUCCUUCAUCACCCUCUUCAUCCUCUUCACCAUGGAUCACUGGUACGCUCUGCUCGCCGACACCCGCAAAGUUCCAGAACUGGACAAAGCCAUAUGUGGCCUAUACAUCAUCCUCUGGCUCCUCAUAGGCUCCUUCGUAUUCCGCAAUAUCUUUGUGGGUAUUAUGGUGAAUAACUUCCAGGCCAUCCGGAGUGACCUCUCUAAAGAGGUACAGCAGAUUGAGAUCCAGGCCAAAGCUGAUCUCUUUAAAGCUGAGAUCAUAAACAGGAGGAUAAGUCAUUCGAAAUUUGCCGGGCUGAGCAAAGUGGCAGAGGAUGGUGAAGAGUCAUUUUCCACUGAGGAUCUACUACAGUUUACAAGAUCUAAUAUUCCAGAAAAAGACUGGGAGUCGUACGUGGAGGAGAAUAUGAAGGUGAUGCAGGAGCAAGAGGAGGACGAGAAGGUCACCUGGCCCCGGGAUUCCCUUUUCAGGUACUUUGAGCUGCUGGAGGUUCUCCAGCACAACCUGGACGAGAGGAAGAGGCUGCAGAACUUAGCAGUUCAGGCAUUGCUAAACCUGCACGACUCAUAGGACCCCACAUCGACAUCUAUUCAGAAGAGCCACCAUAUUUUGAAGAAAAUAAAACAUGUUUUUUUUCUUCCCAGUAUUGUCAGUGUCCAUGUUCAAUUAGUCAUCUAGUUCACCCUUGAGAACUAAAGCUGAUGUGGAAGGCAGAGAGAGCCAACGAUAGCCUGGUUAAACCAUACUGAAUGCUGCGCACACCGCUGUUUUACUUCACCUCAGUUUGGAUGCCAGGCUAAGGCAAUGAGGUCAAAUAUAUUUAUUCCUAGUAGUAGUCAACUUGAAUGGUCUCACAGUUCCACCCAAUAUGUAAUAGGGGGCACUCUUACACAGUGUCACUGAGCCCCCUGGGAGGUCAUGGACCGUGUCCACCACAGUUCUCCUUAAGAUUAUUCCCUGCCAUCUUAGAUUGACAUGUGACAUCCUAGACAGAUCAAGGUUACAUUGGUACUGUCCUAUGCAAUAGCUGGUGGACAAUAACAAUGGGGUUUUAUUUAAAUAAAAGAAGGCUACAUUAAGUCCUCAGCGCAGAGGCUACUCUCAAAGUAGUCAAGAAAUGGCUGCCAGACCUUAGAAAACUUUUGAGAGGAGCCACGGGUGGAAUAUUUUACCUUCUCAAGUUUGAGAUGGGCCAUAACAUCACUAACCCAGUUUAAGAUGGGCCAUAACGUCCCUAACUCAGUGAGCAUGCGAUGGCGGGGUAUCGGGUUUCCACUUAAAAAGGAAUAAGUGGGCGGGCCAGACGGGACGAAAAGGCUAUGGCCUCUGCUUGGGUAAUGCAGAAAGUAAUCCCUUCGUGAGCGCCUCAAUAAUAGGGACAAAAGGGAGUUGGGGCAAUUUUCUUAUUGCAUAUAUUUGAGAAAGUCUCAAAGAUAGAGGACCAGAAUGGACCUGGUGUCAGGCAUGACCAGUACGUGUGAUACAGAGUGGCGGUUGGCUGAUGGCAUCUAGAGUAGGUUGGGUCUAUUUCUGUUUACAAUACGGAAGGUCUACUCCUGCAAAAGUGUAGGCAAUGAAAUACUUGAAAACUUUAGUAAAUCAUGUCUAAUGCAGAUAGAGGAUAUGUGUAUCCUGUCAAUUGCAGAAUGCCAGGUGAUAUCGGAGAUCUCGAUUCCAAACGCUUCCUCCCAUGAACGAUUUACGUGGUCUGGCAGCCAUUUCUCGACUACAUUGAGAGUAACCUCUGCUCUGAGAACUUAAUGUAGCCUUGUUUUAUAAAAACGUUCUAUUGUCCACCAGCUAUUGCAUAGGAUAGUACCAAUGGAACCUUGAUUGAUGCACAUGUCUAUCUAAGAUUGGGGCACGCAAUAUUCUGAAUAAUGUCAUGCAGCAUAGAAAUGUGUCCCUUUUUUUUUAGGGAUCCAGGUUCAAACCAGCUGGUGGGUGGGAGAGAUGGGGGGGGGGGGAUCAGACUAAAGAGGUUGGGAUGAUGUUUGACAUGAGUGCUAUUCCAUAAGUGGCCACACCAGUUGGUCCUUCCCCCUCUAAGAACGUAGAGACCCAAAUGUUUAUAUUGUGAAUAUUGACAGUUCGGUAGUAAUGGAGGAAACUGGGUAGAGCAAGACCCCCCUCUCCUUUAUAUCUUUCCAAAAAAACACUUUACGCAACCAUGGGAUCGUUUAUAUUCCAAAUGAAAGUACAUAUACACUGAGUGUUCAAAACGUCAAGGACACCUGCUCUUUCCAUGACAUCGACUGACCAGGUGAAUCCAGGUGAAAGC